UGAUUUUGCAUUUCCAAGGGAGAGGUCUAUAUGUAAACAACACAGAUCUCUCCACUGUCAGCAGCAACAUGCUGCUUUGUAUUGCUCUGCAUAGCAGAGCAAUACAAAGUAGCAUGCUUACAUAGUAAAACACACACAGUAAAACACACAUAGUUAACCCUUUGAUUGUCCCAGAUGUUAACCCCAUCCUGCCCAGUGUCAUUAGUUCAGUGUCAGUGCUUUUUAUUAGCACUGAUCACUGUAUUAGUGUCAAUGGGGAUGCCAGUGGCAGUCAGUCUCCCCCCCCCCCCCUCCAGUGCCACAAUUCCCGCAGAAGUCCUG